AUGGCUUCGUCCUCUACUUAUGACGUGUUUUUGAGCUUCAGCGGCAUAGACACUUACGAAGGUUUCACCAGCCACCUAUAUGAUGCUUUGAAGCGUGGUAGUUUAAUGACGUUUGCAGCUGAUAGAGAUCUUGAAGUUGGAACAACCAUUAGCCCCAAACUGCUUAAAGCAAUCCAAAGGUCUAGGAUUUCUGUCAUCGUUAUGUCAGGGAGCUAUGCAUUUUCGGGAUGGGCUCCUGUUAUCAAUGAUAAUACACAAUUCUAUUCUCCUACAACAGAUCCAUCUGACGUCAGGAAACAGAAGGGUGGUUUUGGUGAGGCACUAGAGGAGCAUCAUCGUUCAGGUCAUAUAGAGCAAACAACCAUGCUUAAGUGGAGGGAGGCUCUCACUCAAGUUUCCAACAUAUGCGGCUGGGAUACCAAAAAUGAGAGGCACUCAGAGUUAGUUGAUGACAUUGUAAAGUCUAUCCAAAGUAAAGGACUUCCGACAAGGCUGAACAUUUCCAUCUAUCCCCUCAGAUAUGAUACGUGUGAUGACUAUCUCAAAGGUUUUUUGCAAGUAGGAUCACAGGAAGUUGUUAUAGUAGGGAUCUGCGGACCAGGCCAAAUGGGAAAGAGAGCUAUGGCCAGAGUUAUGUAUGACCAAAUUCUACAAAAUUUUGAUGGUGGCUGCUUCCUCGCAGAUGUUGGCCAAAGAUCAAAUCAACCCAACUAUCUGGUUCAUCUACAAGAAACACUUCUUUCUGAAAUUCUCUCAGAGAGGAAUGUAAAGAUCUCAGAUACUAGAAUGGGAAUAGAUCUGAUUGCACAAAAUUUGUGCUCCAAAAGGGUUUUAGUUGUUUUGGACAAUGUGGAUCAUUUGAGGCAAAUCUAUGCACUGGUUGGAGAUUGCAAGUUUUUCGGUCUGGGAAGUAAAAUCAUCAUAACGACUAGAGAUGUGCAACUGCUAAACCUGUUUGGAGUGGACCAGUUCAUUUUGGCUCAUGGCCGUCCUCUGCCAGAAAAUGUUGGGGUAAGUUUAGUAAAGAUGACAUCUCACCCAAAAAUUAAGUAG